UUACUGAUACAGAUUUAUUGUAGGAUAUGUUGCUUUUUUGUAAUUUUUCAAAGUUAACUAAUGAAUGUAGUGAGUACUUCAGCAUCAACAACAUCAGAAAUGCAGUUUGGAAAUCAAAACUAUUCAAACGUGGAAGUGAAGGCAGAUAUAGAAGGUUCCGCUGCCAAUAUUUUAAAGGAAAACUAUUUUAAUGAAAAUCAAGGAAGUGGACAAUACGACGAUAGUGCUAAUUUUACUGGGAAUAUGUCCGUUUCAAACGGUCCAAGACUAAACGAAGUAUCCGUGGCAAACAUGGAACUCGAUCCUGUUAGUGAUAAUGUAGCAAUAUUGAUAUGCUUCGUUACCAUAGGAUUGAGUUUGCUAACUACUGGUGGAAAUUUGUUGGUCAUAGCAGCUUUCAGGGUGAACAAAAAACUUCAGACGAUAACGAACUAUUUUAUUUUGAGUCUCGCAUGUGCUGACGUCGUUGUUGGUCUCAUAUCAAUGAAUUUAUUCACCACCUUCGUUGUCAAGGGUGGAUGGACGCUGGGGCCAAUAGUGUGCGAUUUCUGGCUGACUGUUGAUUAUGUUGCUUCCAACGCAUCAGUGAUGAAUCUUCUGAUCAUAUGUGUUGAUCGAUAUCUGGCUAUAACAAAACCGCUGACUUACAGGACAAAGCGAACGAAAAGCCGAGCACGGAAGAUGAUUGCAGGGGCGUGGAUUCUCAGCUUUUUCUUGUGGGCGCCUGCAAUUCUGUUAUGGCCUAUUAUUGAAGGUAAAAGAUCAGUUGAAGAGCACGAAUGUCAUAUCCAAUUUAUCUACACAAGCCCGAUGGUUACAUUUGGCACAGCACUUGCAGCAUUUUAUAUUCCAACAGCUGUGAUGAUAACUUUAAAUUGGAAGAUAUAUAGAGUGAAUGUUCAACACCAGCGUUACAGAACAGCUUUUAAAGCAGUCAGUAAAUGGAGAACUGGAUCAUCGAAUGCCACGUCUACGAAGAACUAUCUGAGGGCUUUUGCCAAUUCUAGUAAUAGAGAUGACGACAAACGUUCUGAAGAAGCAGACGAGGAAUCGGGAGAAAUGCGAAAGAGACUCUCAGUCAUGAAAGAAGAGCCUGAAAAGUUGUCUCAGAAUAUGUAUGAGACGACAGAUCAGGCGACAUAUUCAGACAUGGGCGAAGGAACAGAUAAUAAUGAUGGAACCAACGAACAAAUCCAACCAAUGUUGAAAUCUAAUGUGAAUAAGCAACGCAUCUGGCAGAAGACGUCGGAUCCAUUUGAUUUGCUUUCUGAAGUAAUGAGCCAUGCAUUAAUGAAAGACGUUAAACUAUCGAAAAAGAACGAUCACUUGGCAAGUAAAGGAGAUGCCGAUGAUGUAAUCAAAUCGCUACAUUACGACGGGUUAGCAGUAACAGUGACUUCGCCGACUUCAGAAAAUAAUCCUUCUGAAGACGAAGAGUCAGAUGGCGCAUCCGAUGUAUCAGAAGAAGUUUCUAAGCCAUUUUUAUCUCUUGCAUUUGCAAAUGGGCUCGGUGUAGAUGGAGCUAGAAUCGCGUUUCAACCAUCGGCUAGCAAUACACCCAUUACGAAGACUAGGCGAAACUCUCCCUUAGCCAGAAGCGUAAGCGCAGAUGCGUUUCGCCCUGGAACGGGUGAAAACUUACUCGCAGUGGAACUGAACAAAAAACGUCACAUGUCAGAACGCCGCGCGUCUUCGAAGCGUGGAUUAUCGCGAUGUACCAGUUCUGCGUCAGAAGGUGUGGCUCCAACUUCAAGCUCGUCAUCUUCAGCGCGUCUUAGCGACGUGACCGCACUUUUCGCGGCUACUAGCAAAAACGUCAAAGAUAGAAUUUCCGCUGUCUCCCGUAAAGACAAUAAAGCCGCACGGAUGUUGGCGGCAAUUUUAAUCGCGUUCGUGGCCACGUGGCUACCUUAUAAUAUUUUAGUUUUAGUAUCAACACUAUGCGAAAGUUGUGUGAAUGACACGCUGUGGAAAAUUUCAUACUGGCUUUGUUAUCUUAACUCAACAAUCAACCCUCUGUGUUAUGCUUUGUGCAGCGAAGAAUUUCGAAAGACCUUUCGUAAACUCUUGUGUUGUAACAAGGAGAAGAAACCAAAAAUUUAAACACGCGGAAUGUGAGGCGCCACCUAAUUCUGUCAAUGGUAUUUGGCUACUUAACAAACCAGCAAAACUGAAAUAUACAAAUUUAAUUAACGUUUCACAGUUCAGCCCAAAGCUUGUCUGUACGGACACCUCAUCGCUAAUUUUAAUAUCAAAAUAAGUCACACGAAGCCGGCAAACCGCAUCAUGUUUCUAAAUAUAUUUUCAAAUUCUGAUACAAGAUAUUUAAUUAUAUUUCAUUUAGCCGUGUUUUGUUUUCUUGUCAAUCAAUUAUUCUUUUAUUUAUUUUGUUCCUUUUCUUGUCGCAUUUCAGAAUAUUCUUUUGUUGAAUUAAAUUACAAUAAAAUGACUGAAAACAUACUGCAAAGAGAUAUACUAACAUGUGCAAACUGAGCCUAAUCUACCUUACAUAUUGUUCAAGUCGGCACCAUAACACGCCUCCACGAUCCAGCGUCCGACUGGGAACCAACCUUAAAACUAGAGGAGCAAUCGAUAUCACUCCGAUGUCCAGACUUUUGACACAGAAUUCGUCAUUUUAAGCAGUGUUAAAAUGGUAAUGUUCAAAAUGAAUUUAGGAAUGGUCCGACGACGAAGAAGGGAUGACCUAUGCGAAGAUAGGCUUUGAAUACAAUUAAGGCCGCUUUGAGAACAAAUUCUGAAUCUCAAGUCCCAAUCUGACCGAGUGGAGGCGUUAGU